AUGCACUUCCAAUCGCGCGUAUCCACAACCACCGUUCACGAACGCCUCUUCGCUGACGACUGCGUCCUGAACACCACCUCGGAAGAGGAGAUGCAACGGAGCAUGGACCUGUUCUCCGCCGCCUGCGAGAACUUCGGUCUGGUCAUCAACACACAGAAGACGGUGGUGAUGCACCAACCGCCACCCAACUCGACCACAGCCCCCAACGCGCCGCCGCAAAUCAGCGUGAAUGGGACCCAACUUCAAGUGGUGGAGAACUUCCCAUACCUGGGCAGUACUCUCUCCCGCAACACCAAGAUCGACGAUGAAGUCGCUAACAGGAUCUCGAAAGCCAGUCAAGCCUUCGGUCGCCUCCAUAGCACAGUUUGGAAUCGCCACGGUCUUCAGCUGAGCACGAAGCCGAAGAUGUACAAGGCCGUCAUCCUGCCGACACUACUGUAUGAAGCGGAGACUUGGACGGUGUACGCAAAGCAGGCACGCCGUCUGAACCACUUCCACGUCAGCUGUCUUCGUCGCAUCCCGAGGCUAAAGUGGCAGGAUCGAAUCGCCGACACUGAUGUGCUGGAACGGACGGGAAUCCUCAGCAUCUACCCCAUACUGAGGCAAAUUCAGCUGCGCUGGAGCGACCACCUGGUGCGCAUGGACGACGAGCGACUACCCAAACGACUCUUCUAAGGAGACGUCGCGACGGGUUCUCGCCGUCAAGGAGGCCAGAUUCGCCGUUACAAGGAUACCCUGAAGUCCUCCCUGAAAUGCCUGCAAAUCAACCCCACCAACUGGGAGGAGCUCGCACUCGAUCGACCGACCUGGAGGAGGACAGUGAAGAUAGGCGCUGCGAUCUACGAAGCCAACCGCAUCGUUGCCGCCAAAGCGAAACGUGAAGCCCGCAAAUUACAACUUCGCCCAGUAAGCAACGCUGCCGCAAAACCGCUUCCAACGUGUCCUCGAUAUCAACGGACAUUCCGGGCUCGAGUCGGACUUGUUGGACAUCUUCGGAUCAACUGCGCCUCUCGAACGGCACCAACCAUCAUCGCCCCGCCUGCCUCUUCCUCCUCUCCGCCGCCAACUAACCCUGACAAUUCUUCUGACCCACCACUUCCAUCAUCCUCCUCCUCCUCCUCCUCGCCCACUGCUCCAACGGCGGCCGCUCAGGCGACUGUCCCGCGCACAGCAACCGACACUACCACCACCUUCCCCGACUCCAGGGAUGAGGAUCACGACUACACCUGCCCUCACUGCGACCGUACCUUCACCUCACACAUCGGCCUGGUCGGUCACUUGCGAAUCCAUCGCACAAAGCCUGGCGAACCAGUGCGUGAAGCACCAACCUACACCCACCGCACUCGCCUCCACUGCCCACACUGCCCUCGCACCUUCAGGCAUCGCAUGGGUCUAUUCGGCCACAUGCGCAUCCACGAGAGCGGCCUUGACCGCACUCCCGACACACCCACCACAUCCUACACAUCCACCGUGCACACCCCCACUCUCGUUCCAUCCGUCCGCGCCACCACCACCACCACCGCCUCCUCUGUAGCUGACACUGACACCGCCGACUUCUCAUGCCCACUCUGUCCACGCACAUUCACCUCACGCAUCGGCCUGAUCGGUCACUUGCGAAUCAAUCGCACAGAGACUGGCGAACCAGUGCCUGGAGCACCCACCUAUACCCAACAAGCUCGUCUCAACUGCCCACACUGUCCUCGCACCUUCAGGCAUCGCAUGGGCCUAUUCGGCCACAUGCGCAUCCACGACGACCUGCGGUAG